GGGGCGGGGACAGGGUCUCACACUUUCCAGAGGAUGUUUGGCUGCAAAUUGGGGCCCGACGGGCGCCUCCUCCGCGGGUACAGUCAGUGGGCCUACGACGGUGAGGAUUACAUCGCCCUGAACGGGGACCUGCGCUCCUGGACCACGGUGGACACGGCAGCUCGGCUCACUCUGCGCAAGUGGGAGGCGGAACGCAAGGCCCAGCGCCUCAGGAACUUCGUGGAGGGCAAGUGCCAGAAGUGGCUCCGCAGGUUCCUGGAGCUAGGGAAGGAGGAGCUGCAGCGCACAGAUCCCCCAAAGACACACGUGACCCACCACCCCACCUCUGACCAGAAGGUCACCCUGAGGUGCUGGGCCCUGGGCUUCUACCCUGCGGACAUCACUCUGACCUGGCAGCGAGGUGGGGAGGACCUGACCCAGGAGAUGGAGCUGGUGGACACCAGGUCUGGGGGAAAUGGAAACUUCCAGAAGUGGGCGGCUGUGGAGGUGCCUUCUGGAGAAGAGCAGAGAUACACGUGCCACGUGCAGCAUGAGGGGCUGCAGGAGCCCCACGUCGUGAGAUGGGUGCCCCCUCCUCAGUCCUCCAUCCCCACUGCGGGCAUCAUCGCUGGCCUGGUUCUCCUUGGAGCGGUGCUCACUGGAGCUGCAGUGGCUGUAGCUGUGAUGUGGAGGAAGAAGCGCUCAGGCAAUUGCAGUACCCUGGACUCUGAUGUGCCUCUCAGCCCCUCCCUAAAGGAGAGAAAGGAGCAGGAUGGGACCUCAGAAAGCCCAGUGUUCAGCAGAGUAAAUUGCACAGACAACACCACAUGCAGAGGCACAGAGACCAGAGACCCCCACUUCAGCGAGCACAGGAGUCACUUGGACACUCAUGAAGACUUAGCGGGUCUAGAGUAGAUCCUGAGAUUCUAUUAUGAGACCCCUCUCCUCAUCUUUGGGGAGAAUUUAGGGUUGAUUCCUAUCAGGGGGCACUUUAUCCCUGGAAACAGAAGCGGAAGAAGUAACAGGGAACCUGGAGUCCCAAGCGGAGCUGUAGCUGUUCUCUGUGUGCUGUUGUCACCGCUGCUUGAUAAUGCAGAUCUUUGUGAAGACCCUGAUGGGCAAGACUGUCACCCUUGAGGUGGAGCUCAGAGACACCAUUGAGAGUGUCAAGGCCAAGAUCCAGGUAAGGAUCUCGGAGGCCUGCCCCCUGACCAGUAGAGGCUGAUCUGUGCUGGGAAGCAGCUGGAAGAUGGGCGCACAGUGUCUGACUACAACAUCCAGAAGGAGUCCACUCUUCAUUUUGUCCUGCACUUGAAGGGAGCUUUCUUAAAUAUACCUCCCUUUUAAGCUUUCAAAGAUUUCAUUGCACCUCCUCCCACCUCCUCCUCUGGGGUGGGAUGCAGACCUUGAAGACACUGAUGGGUAAGACCAUCACCCUUGAGGUGGAACCCAGUGACACGAUCAAGAACAUCAAGGCCAAGAUUCAGGACAAGAAGGCGCUCUCUCUGAGCAGCAGGGAUUGAUCUUUUCUGGGACACAACUGAAGAUUGGGUGCACCUCAUCUUAGUACAAUAUCCAGGAGUCCACUCUUCAUUUUGUCCUGCACUUGAAGGGAACUUUCUUAAAUAUACCUCCCUUUUAAGCUUUCAAAGAUUUCAUUGCACUUUUCUUUCAAUAAAGUUGUUGCAUCCAAAAAAAAAAAAAA